AUGACUGGGACGCUGCGAGAGUCCGAUGGCUCGACCGACAAGGUAGUUCAAGAGUCCAUGACCCUGAACGAACCUCGCCCGAACCCGGAGCUAGCCUUAAGCCCGGCUUCGAUGAUCGAAAAUCUCCAACCCGACCAGGCUGUGAUCAGUACCUGUGACUCUCUGUCCCCUCAACAGGUGGUACAAACCCCUAGCGACGUGGCGGAGAUGACAGGAAACUUCCUCGACAUGAUCACCAGCAGCGAAUGGAGCGACCCGUACAUCCAAGACGUGGCUAUGGGAGACUCGACAACGACGAAGAAGCAAGAAUGGAAACACCUCGGACCGAAGAGCAAGAAGAACGCAAAGAAGAACUCGAAGAACGACAAAGCCGAGGCGACAAUCGAUCCCACUAAGAGGGUACUGGGGAACAUGAAGUCGAAGGCCAGAGCCAUGAGCCUGGGUCAGCGAUGCAAGUUCUGCGACCUGGUACACCCUCGGGCCAUAGGGGACGUCAGAGCGGGGGUCUCGACCUGCCCUUUUGUGAGAUUCCUUCACAGUAUCUGGGGUGAGCAAUUCGAGUUCCAUACCCGGGAUGGCAAGCCUGGGAUCCGCUUCGCAGGACGAUCGAAGAAGUCCGACACUCACGAGGUCCCGAUGUUCCACCACAAAGAACCCCUCGUGAGCUGGAUUCGCCUCGAACUCGAAAUGAACCACGAAGAAGACCCUAGCAUUCACGAACAACCCAUGAGGAGCCUGGCAGAGCAGCUUGGAACCCUGAGUCGCUCGUGCAAUGUGCAGGGUGAAGACUGGAGUAACCAGAAGAUCCGGGAUGCGAGAGAACUCUACGACGAAUGCGCCAAAGUCACCAAAGCCCAGAUGGAUCGAUGGGCGAGCACCUUGGCAGUUAGGGGGCACGGGGCCGUCAGGCAGCAACGUUGCCGACACGAUCCCCGAUGCGGAUUCUGCGGGAAGAAUAGAGGAGCCUUGAUGGAGACCCGACUUCCGGCCAGGCGCGGCCCUCCCGCCCACCGAGGAUCCAGCCAUUGGAUACCACUCGGGAACCCGCAUGCUGCGACCCCUUGGGGGCCUAGGAACCCGGGAUUCCAGCACAGGACCUCUUCUUACCCAUACCCCUACGGGCAGAACUUUCGGGGCUAG